AUGGUGCUGCUCACAAUCAUCGCCAACUGUAUCGUGUUAGCCCUGGAGGAGCAUCUGCCCGAGAGGGACAAGACGCCGCUUGCCUUGCAGCUGGAUGACACUGAGGUCUACUUUCUAGGGAUAUUUUGUGUAGAAGCCUCGCUGAAGAUUGUAGCUCUAGGUUUUGUCUUACAUAAGGGGUCAUAUCUCCGCAACGUCUGGAAUAUCAUGGAUUUCAUAGUAGUAGUUACUGGGUUUAUCACCUUGCUUGCCUCGGAAUCAUCUGGUACUUUCAACCUGCGAACACUUCGGGCGGUCCGAGUCCUGCGACCUCUCAAGCUGGUGUCUGGAAUUCCCAGUCUGCAGGUGGUGCUCAAAUCCAUCAUCCGUGCGAUGGCUCCACUUUUACAAGUUUGUCUCCUCGUCCUGUUUGCCAUCGUCAUCUUUGCCAUCAUUGGGCUGGACUUCUAUGUCGGGGUGUUUCAUAGUGCCUGUUUUAAGAAAGGUACAACUACAUUUACUGAAGGUAAGGACUGUUCUUCUUUUUUAUUUUGUUUAUUUUUAGACAUUCGUCCUUGCAACACAAAUUCAGAAUAUUCUGGAACAUUCCGGUGCCAAAUAAACAUCUCAGAGUGUCACCCAGGCUGGGCAGGUCCCAACUACGGAAUCACCAGCUUCGAUAACAUAGGCUUUGCCAUGUUGACGGUGUUUCAGUGCAUCACUAUGGAAGGCUGGACCAAUGUGCUGUACUAUACAAAUGAUGCCUUAGGAAAUUUGUACAACAUUUUAUAUUUUAUACCGCUCAUCAUUCUCGGCUCGUUCUUCAUGCUAAAUCUAGUGUUGGGUGUACUUAGUGGAGAGUUUGCCAAAGAGAGAGAAAGGGUAGAAAACCGCAGGGCCUUUUUCAAGCUUCGCAGGCAGCAACAGAUAGAGAGAGAGCUGAAUGGGUAUUUGGAGUGGAUAUGUAAAGCUGAGGAAGUGAUUCUGAGUGAAGAGAGAACCAGUGAUGAAGAGAAAUUAAAAAUUAUAGAAGCUCGCAGGCAGGCAGCAGCUAGGAAAAUGAAACAGUUGAAAGGAGACGAUAUCGACAAUGAUCAUGAGCACAAUGAUGAUGACUUGUUGGCAGCCAUGACACCAGGAAAUUCCUGUAUUAAAAGCUUGAAGAAAAGAAAAACAACUGGCAAAUGUGCAGACUUCUGGCAAGCAGAGAAGCGGUUUCGCUACUCCAUACGACGUCUGGUGAAAAGCCAGCUGUUUUAUUGGGUGGUUAUUGUUCUUGUAUUCCUCAACACAGCUUCCGUUGCUUCAGAGCAUUACAACCAGCCGGAAUGGCACGUGCAGUUUCUGUACAUAUCAGAGUACGCCUUCCUAGGCCUGUUUAUAUUUGAGAUGUCCAUCAAGAUGUAUGCUCUAGGAGUCCGUAUCUAUUUCCAAUCGUCUUUCAAUAUAUUUGACUGUGUGGUCAUCGUAGGAAGUAUAGUAGAGGUGAUUUGGUCAGAGUUCAAGACUGGCUCCUCAUUCGGUAUCAGUGUUCUCAGAGCUCUGCGUCUGCUGAGGAUAUUCAAAGUGACCCGGUACUGGUCAUCCUUGAGAAAUCUGGUCAUCUCCUUGCUCAGCAGUAUGAGAUCCAUCCUCAGUCUCCUGUUCCUCCUCUUCCUCUUCAUCAUUGUCUUCGCCCUGCUUGGUAUGCAGCUUUUUGGAGGAGAAAUGAAUUUUGAAGAUGGUCGGCCAUCUGCCCACUUUGAUACAUUCCCUAUAGCAUUGCUCACAGUAUUUCAGAUUCUGACUGGAGAAGAUUGGAAUGAGGUCAUGUACAAAGGAAUAGAAGCUCAUGGCGGCAUCAAAAAGCAGGGAAUGUUCUUUUCUGCCUAUUUUAUUGUCCUGGUCCUCUUUGGCAACU